CCCAGCGUGUGUUUGUAUGUAUCCGUGUGUGUGUGCUCUGGGGUAAACGGUGCUGCCUGCUGCAGAGUGAGCGAACAUGGCGAUGAGAGCAGCGCUGCGGUGCCUCUCUGUAAACCUUUCUCCCAGGCUGCCCCAACUCUCGUCCGCAGCGCAGGUUUCAGCGACUCGGCUGCUCUGCAGGAGCGGCUUCCCGCGGACUCUGAGCACGGACUCGGGCCAGUGCACAGCCCUCAAGUUUACUGAGAAGCAUGAGUGGGUGCUGGUGGAGAGUGGAAUUGGCACUGUUGGUAUCAGCAACUAUGCUCAGGAAGCCUUAGGUGAUGUGGUUUACUGUGGACUCCCUGAGGUUGGCCAAAGACUUGAACAAAUGGAUGAGUUUGGUGCCUUGGAAAGUGUAAAGGCUGCUAGUGAGCUGUACUCACCGUUGACAGGUGAAGUGACAGCAAUCAACACAGAGCUGGCCGGAAGCCCAGGACUUGUGAAUAAAUCCUGCUAUGCAGAUGGAUGGCUAAUCAAGAUGACCAUUGAAAAGCCGGAAGAACUCAAUAAGCUCAUGGACCAGCCUGCUUAUGAUAAAUUCAUUAAGUCACUGGAAGAAUAAAUCCACAAACUCACUGUGAUUAUUAUGUAACUACAGUCAAAGAUUAACAGACAGGGUUACUAACAUCUGCAUUGAACUGAAUCAUCCUUUGCGGGAUUUAUUUAUUUUAUGAACACUUGAUAGUGUGCUGUAAAAUGUUAAAUACCCAGUAUCAUGUUUCGAUGCUUAAUAACAUUUUUCAUGUAGAAGGUUGAGAUUUUUUAAAUCAACCAGUAAAUCUAAAGGGCUCUCUUGCACAGUGUUUGUCAGUAUUAUUGGAUCUUGUUUCUAGUACUUUGAUCUGUUUUUUAAAUAGUGCACAGAUGUUUUAAAACACCCGAAAGUUCUGUUUGAAAUUCUUCUAAUAAAACUUUAGGUUUGAUUUUA